GAAAGAAGUGUUUAUCAUUUAUUUACCAGCUUGUUAACAAGGUAUUUUUUUAAUGAGAUACUGUACUAUAUCCUUUAAUUGUUCGAUUUCAGUGCAUAUAUUGAUGAGACAAACACCAUCCGACACAUGAUUACUAUCACCAGAGCUUAAUGAGGCUGGCCUCGUUCCCGUGCCGCGGUGCAGUGCGUGACCUACAUCAGGGUGCCCAGGUUUGUAAACAUAACAGUGUUUAUGUGUUGUGUGGCUGUAGUGUCACAUUGUGUGGAGGCUUCACAUCGCGUCAUAAUGCAACGGAGUCAGUUGUGCAUCGACCACUAACUUACUCACGGUAAGUGCAGGUGCAUGAGCGACACGUGUCGAUCUGAGAUUUACAUCGUUUUGCUACGGGCGUGACUAGGGUGUCUAGUUAGUCUAGUUGCCAAGGCCGGGUACAGCAUACGGUCUCCUGCACUUUGGUUCGAUAAUGUACGCAUGGCAUUCGGUUACGGGUAAAGACGAAUUUGUCGUAGAGGGUAAUGACGAAUGUGUUGCGAAGCAAAAAAGUAAAAAAAUAAAUACAUUAGCAACCUUAAAAAAAUAAAUGCAAUUUAGCUACAUUUGUGGGUGUGUGUUUGUUUGUUUUUUUUUAUGGGGGGGGGGGUGUGGGAAUAGGGCGGAGAUGAGAAGGGUUUGUUCCCCAAAUUUACCAACCUUUUACACCCCAAUCGCUAUUCUAUCUUACAGUUUAGAGAAGACCAAAGUCUGCCUACAAAUGUUUGACCUUACAUUCACAAUGGCCCAGCACAUGGGACUGCUGAAGUCUAGUAUCUUGUAAACACUCCCCUCCCAUUGUCACCGUGUGAGUAACAUGUUUAAAAAGUUGUAUGUUCCCAAGGCUAUGCUGCACCAAGUGACCUAGAAGUACCGGAGGAUUACGUCCCCAUACACCUACGGGUGUACCUAGUGGGGGGGAGGGGGUUGCCAUGUGAGUGACCGCCCAGGGAGGCCAUUUUUCAUUUAUGACAUAGACCUAACAUUUUUUUAAAUAAAUUUACGUGUGUGUAUUAGGGUGGCACACUUUAAGGAGUUCUCACCGAGAUGCAUGUCAUCAGAGUACUCCAUCGCUUUCCCCCACUCCCACAAGUUACUGUACGUUUAGUUCAUCACUGCUCUCAUCCAAAGACGACAGUCUUCUGCUCUCACCCAAAGACGACAGUCUUCUGCUCUCACCCAAAGACGACAGUCUCCCAGAACACAUUUAAUAGAGUUUGUAAUUUAACUUCGGAAAUCUAUUAAUAGAAUAUCCGGGCGCGCAGUCUGGCCAAUCUCGUUAAGAUAUUGAUAAAACAUCCUGGUAUUUCGUUCGGCCAAAUCUCUCAACAGCUGUUUUGGUACUGCUACGUUAAGGUGAGCCGUCGUAGUGGGUCCUGACCGAGACGAAAACGUGUUGACAACUUUACUGCCCCAAAGAUUAGACAAGCAAAUUGUUACUGCAAUAUAUAUACACGGAAAUACAUUUUUAGAAGCUAUGAAUUACGAAAACAUUGUCUAAAAAUAGUAACAUUACCAAAUUCGAUGUGACGAUUUUCUGUCUUAGAAAUUACAAAUCCUACAUCAAAUCAAGACCCCCCCCCCUCUCCCCCACCCACCCACCAACCAAAAAAAUUAAUCCCUUGUCGCUGAGCCCCAAGAUCUCAAUUGUAUUUAGGUGAAUCAGGUAUUGGAAUGUUCAAUGGUGAAAGGUUGUAGUAAUUUACCCUCAACGUACCAAUCACCGUUCAGGACCAUAGCUGUUGACCUGAACUUUGUUUUCAGUGACAGUGCAAAAAGGGAAGAAAAGUCUUUGGGUCUAGAGAAUAGACAAGUGGUUCUCAACCUUCCCAAUGCCGUGACCCUUUAAUACAGUUUCUCAUGUUGAGGUGACCCCCAACCAUAAAAUUAUUUUCGUUGCUACUUCUUAAAUAUGUUUUCCAAAAGUCUUAGGCGACCCCUAUAUAAUGGUCAUUCGACCCCCAAAGGGGUCGCGACACACAGGUUGAGAACCGCUGGUCUAGACGCUUGUGUGUGUAUGUGUUAUUGGUUGUUAACAGAAACUCCGUUGCAUUUUAAAAAAAAAAAAAGGAUUAUGCUUGUGUGUUUAAUUCUUGAUCAACUGUUUUUAAUUAAUUGUUUUGUUUUUUAGCUUUUAGUUAUUCUUUAUCAAAACAUAAUAAUAAUUUAUUAAAUUUGUGUGUGUCCAAAACUUUCAGAUAAAAUUACUAAUUGGUAGCAGUUCACCGGAUCAGGUUUUUUCCUCCACUAAAAUGGGUAGUGGUGACACUCGAGUAGUGCUAGACGAUUACAACUCGGACCUCAACAUCAUUAUAGCAAAGAACGGCUACUCGGCGUCGACGCUCAACAGCCCCAGGGGGUUCCGACUACUGUGGGGCGGCGUCCGCGCCACGCACGGCGUCUGCAGGGGGAAAGUCUUUUUCGAGGUCAGGGUCACCGAACACCUCGACCCCGGCAUCGGGGAAGGAUUCAGCGAGCCCCACCCAAACAUGGUCAGGGUCGGCUGGUCGGCAGACAGCCCGCUGUUCACCUUGGGGGAGAGCCAACGCUCCUACGGCUACGGGGGCGCCGGGAAGUCGUCCCACGACAGCAGGUUUCAGGACUACGGCGAGCCUUUCGGGCAUGGUGACGUGAUCGGAGCCAUGUUGGAUCUCGAUUCGAAUCCGGGAAGUAUCUCCUUCACGAAGAACGGACGAUUUUUAGGCAUCGCCUUCGCUGUGCGGGACGUUCGCCGUGGGGAUAGGACCGCAGCGCUAUUCCCACACAUUGCGUGCAAGAACGCCAUGUUUAAAACGAACUUCGGCCAGGAGGCGCCAUGGUCGAGACUUCCGGCCGGGUACACUUUCAUCGGAAACAUGGCGCCAAAAGACAGGGUGAGGGGGCUAGCGCCGCCGGCGUUGAGGUCCAGCUGCGAAAUGAUCAUGGUCAUCGGCCUCCCCGGAUGCGGGAAGACCACGUGGUCGCACCAAAAACAGACCGACCACCCGGGGAAGCGCUACAACAUCCUUGGCACUGACAUCCUCAUCGAUCAAAUCCGACUCAUGGGCGUGUCCCGGUACCGCAGCUACUCGGCGAGGUGGGAGCUUUUCAUCGACAUAGCCACGGAAUGUCUGGACGCCCUCUUGCCGACGGCAGCGUCUAAAAACCGGAACUACAUUCUUGAUCAGACAAACGUGUAUCCUUCCGCGCGGCAGAGGAAGAUGGAGCAUUUCUCCGGGUUUCACCGAAUAGCCGCCGUGCUGCAGCCGGAGAUACAGCAGUACGAACAGCGGGCCAGCAGGAGGACCCGAGAGACCGGGAAAAGAAUUCCGUCAAAGGCGCUGAAAAAAAUGAAGGCGAACUUCAUCUUGCCGGAGCCGAGGGACGCCCUUUUCGACCGCAUUGAUUACAUCGAGCUGGACAGUGAGCGGGCACACAAGCUGGUCAUCCGCUUCAACAGGGAGAACAUUUGAAAAUUGGGUCCAAACAAAAAACAAAGAAAAAAAAAAUACGAACUUUAAUUUCCACAGGCGACUAGAAGAUCAUAUUUCAAACACUGAAUUGCAACUCUAGAACGAUUAAGUGGGGUACAAUACUUUCUAUGUCGCUUAGUUGAUAUGAAGAGCGAAUUUCAUAAUCAUCAACCACCCCCACCUCAUAGUCCCCCACCCCCAAGGUGCAGUUAUUAAUUUGUUUGUAUCUUGUUUGCAUCUAGUUGUUGUUGGAGGAAGGUGGGGGGGGGGAGCGGGGUGCGGGGGUCGUCCAGUUAAGGUGAAAGCGUUUUGUUUUGUUUUCACUCUGAGUCAAAACCACCCGCUCGAGAUCUCGUCCGACCAUUUUUAUAUUUUCUUUAUUUCUUUGUAUCUAUGUUAACAUUUCGUUGAACGUUUACACUUAUGGGGGAGGGGGGCAUCAUCAGUGACCAGGUGCAGUGGGCGACAUGUUAGGGGAAGCAAAUUAAAAGACCAGGGUGGAAUUCGUGAUAAACGUUCAAAUUGAGUCCACAACAUUGACGUGAGGAGACAGACAUAGAACGCCAUAAAAUUGUCUCACCACGCAGGGGCCGGCGCUAGGGCAUGGCGCAGUGGGCGACCGCACAAGGUCACGAGUUUGAGGGGCCCCGCGCGUUGCCGUAGUAGAUUUAAAAUAGUCCUAAUAUCUAAAAAAAAAUUUUUUUGAAUAUCGACAUAUAAACAUCUGCUAUUGGAAUAUCGACAUAUAAACAUCUGUUAGUGGAUAUCGACAUAUAAACAUCUGUUAGUGGAUAUCGACAUAUAAACAUCUGU